AUGGCUGUUGGGUACGAGCUUCUGAAGCAAGACGACCAGCAACCGGCCGCUGUGCCGCGCCGCGGUCUCUCUGGCCGUCGCGUCGCACUCAGUGGCGCUCUCAUUCUCAGCGCCGUCCUUCUUUCGGUAUUCUAUGCUUUCCCGCCGCACACGACGCCGGCAGAGCUGGCUGUUGCUGGCACCAGCGACUCGACUGGCUUGUUCGCAGAGGAUGGCUCGAGUAUACAGCAAUGCUCAGCCAACAUCCCCUUGCCGGCGAAGCCUCCUGCGCCCGUGAACAUCUGGGCUCCGUUGACCGUACCCGAAACCACGGAGAUUUAUGAAUGGAUGCAUGCUCCCGCACGCGGCUUCAAUCUCACGCACGUCCAGACCGCAUCGCUCUCAGACAACGUGCUCUACCACAUCGAGGCGUUCCGUCCGACCAAGGCGGACGCCCUGGCCUACCUCAACGAACCCACGGACGAUAAGCUUCCUGCCCGCUACGCACGCGUUAACAUUCAGCACGGCACGACACCUUCCAUCCGCGACUACCUUGUGGGCCCACUGCCUAUCAGCGCCACUACAUCUGUGGUACCACUCACAGAACACAACCACCUUCCUGGGGGCGAGAUCCCGUUCAACGCGCGCGGCUUCCUCGGCGUUGGCGAACUGCGUCCUCUGCUUGAGAAGAUCUGCACGCCCGAGUUCGCAGUCGUCACUCAAGAUCUCUUCGGUGGCUUUGCGCUUGGCCGCGAGAAUGAUACGCUCAUGGCUGGUAUGAACGCGCCGAUGAGCUUCGAUGGUUCUUUCCGUCGCGCCUGGUUAUCCUGGAAGCGCAACGUUCCCGCACCGUGGUUGCAUCCCGUCGCAUUCUGGCAAUAUGUUGACAUCUCCGGUACCGAUCCUUCGCAGUGGAAGAUUCUGAAGGUCGUAUACAACCGACAGAUCUUCGCUUCUAUUCCCGAAUUCAUCGAUGCUUACCAUAACGGUACGCUGAAGCGUCUGCCGCCGCGUCCCGAGCAAGACGACCCGUCAUGGUCUACGCGCAAGCCGCCUUCGAUGGCAAACAAGCAGCGCGACCUCGACUGGCUUCCGGGUCCUCGCUCCGUCUCGUUCGCCGGCCUUCGUUUCCGGGUCGACUACGCAACGCAGUACAUCUCGUGGCUUGGUUGGGGCAUGUACUUCGGCUUCGAUCGCGACAUGGGUCUCUCCCUUUGGGACAUUCGUUUCCGCGGCGAGCGUAUCAUCUACGAGCUUGCACCCCAGGAGGCUAUGGCGCAGUACGCCGGCGAUGACCCAAUGCAGGCUACGACGGCCUGGCUCGAUCGUUUCUUUGGUAUGGGCGCUGCUGUCCGCGACAUGAUCCCCGGCUACGACUGUCCUGAUGAGGCUGUUUACCUCCCGGCGACGACGUUCACGCUCGAAGGCUCCAUCAAGCGCACGCGCGCCAUCUGUGUGUUUGAGAGCGACACGCAUAAGCCUAUCACCCGCCAUACCGGAUUCCAUCAGGACGAGAUGGGCGCCGUCAAGGGCUUCGUGCUCACCGUCCGCUCUAUCGCCACGGUCGGCAACUAUGACUACCUCUUUGACUAUAUGUUCCAUAUCGAUGGUACAAUCGAGGUUCGCUUGUCCGCUUCCGGUUACCUGCAAGGUGGUUUCUGGGAGAAGCGCCAGGAAGGUUACGGCGCACCCAUCCAGACCACGUCCAUGGGCUCGCUGCAUGAUCACGUUAUCAACUACAAGGUCGAUCUCGACGUUGUUGGCGAGGCCAACUCGCUGCUCGCGACUACCACCCACGUCGAGAAGGUCGAGCACCCGUGGCUUGACGAAGACUGGGGCCGUGAGGUCACCCAGCAGAAGAUCAGCCGCGACUACAUCGAGACCGAGGACGAUGCGCUCUUGUUUUACCCCAAGAACUUCCAGGGUGGUUACUCCAUCGUCAACAAGGACGAGAAGAACAAGUGGGGCAUCCCGCGCGGCUAUGCCGUGCAUCCAGGCUACUCGCCUAUUCACAACACUGUCGUUGGAUCGAAGCGCCUGCUAAACAACGCCAACUGGGCGCGCUACAACCUCGCUGUCUCUGCGCGCAAAGAGACUGAGCGCACGUCAUCUUCUAUGUACAACAUGCAUCUCCCUGGGACACCGCCCGUCGACUUCCACAAGUUUUUCGAUGGCGACUCGCUCACGCAGACCGAUCUCGUCGCCUGGAUCAACGUUGGCACGCACCACCUGCCGCAGGCCGAGGACUCCCCCAACACACGCACGAACGUUGCCACUUCUUCUUUCAUGCUCACGCCGCUCAAUUACUUUGAUGCGGAUGUCAGUAUGGAAAGUAGAAACGCUAUCGUUCUUAACGGGCCGGUCACGCCCGGUGCGCCGUACAUCUUCGACGACUUCGGAGUUAAGCCUGCCCACUGUUUGCCACAGCCGGUCCCUGCGUUCGAGUACUCCGGCCUGACCGCCUUCGGCCUUGACGGCAAGAAGGCGCCUCCAGCUGAGCAAGAGGAACUCCGCAAACAGGCUGAGCUGUUCCACCGGAUCAAGAUCGAGAUUUGA